AUGGCUCAUGAGGAAAGUAAGCGGCUAGUAGUGGUGGUUCCCAAUGAGACGUCCUUCCCGCCCCGCCGCGUCUUCACUAGUGAGGAUGAGGCCUGGAGGGCUUAUCUAGAGAACCCACUCACAGCAGCUACUAAAGCCAUGAUGAGCAUCAAUGGAGAUGAGGACAGUGUGGCAGCCCUUGGCCUCCUCUAUGACUACUACAAGGUUCCAAAAGAGAAGAGACUGCUGCCUAUAGCUAAAGUUGCUGAGGAAGAAAAGAGAAAUUGGCAUGUUGGCAUGGAAUCGGUGGAUGAGCGGGUUCAGGUUUCCAAAUCUCUCCCAGUCAACCUCUCCCUCAAUGCUGAUGCCCACAGCGCAGAGGGGAAGCGAGACUCCUACGGUGCUUUGCCAGCACAGGGAGGUGUCGUUGCCACUGUUAAGGCAGAGGUGUAUGCCCACGGCCUGCCCACUUCCAACCCCCAGAGAGAGGGGCAGUCAUUCCAGCGCCUGGCCUUCCAGCAACCUGCUCAAGAGGUAGGAGCAGUUAACCACAGCCGCUACAUGAAGGAUGAGCAGAAGAACAUUCCAGAUAGCACCUUUGAAGACUCGUACAAUGGCGAGAAUGUGAAAUUCAGAGUGCCUACAACUCUAGGGGCCCAAGAUUCUCUUUAUGAGCAGCCAGCAGUAGACUCGUUUGUGUACACUAUAGAAGCAAGUCGCUCGGUGAGGCAGAAGGAGGGUGAGGGGCCCAUGAUCUAUCUGAACAGAGGGCAGUUCUAUGGCAUCACACUGAGUGAUCCACAAGCCAGCAAAGGUCUGCACCAUUCCAUCAACAAAGUGCGGAGUGUGGUGAUGGUGGUGUUUGGAGAGGAUAAAUGUCGCGAUGAUCAGCUGAAACACUGGAACUAUUGGCACACCCGACAGCACACUGCCAAACAAAGAGUCCUGGAUAUAGCUGAUUACAAAGAGAGCUUCAAUACCAUCGGAAACCUUGAGGAAAUUGCCUAUAAUGCUGUCUCUUUCACUUGGGACAUUAACGAGGAAGCUAAGGUGUUUAUCACAGUGAACUGUUUGAGCACAGAUUUCUCCUCUCAGAAGGGAGUGAAGGGCCUUCCGCUGAUGAUUCAAAUUGACACUUACAGCUACAACAACAGGAGCAACAAGCCCAUUCACAGAUCUUAUUGCCAGAUUAAGGUCUUUUGUGACAAGGGAGCUGAACGGAAGAUACGGGAUGAGGAGAGAAAGCAGAUGCGGAAAAAGGCAAAGGGUCUCAUGGCUGGAGGGCAGGGUCAUAGUGGAAAAGCAGUAGGUCUUGGACCCUUAAUGAAGAAAUCAGAGAUUACGUUCUUUAAAUCCAUGACAGACCUGGAAUCCCAGCCUGUGCUCUUCAUUCCUGAUGUCCACUUCAGUAACAUACAGAGAGCUGCGCAGGUGUUUGGCUAUGGUACGGAGGAAAUGGAGAACGAUAGUGUGAUAAUGAAGAGGAUCUACAAACAGUCAGAGGAUGACCCCUGCUCUCCACCAACCAAACAGAGAAAAGGAGACACACCAAGGAGAGUUUUGCUGUAUGUAAGGAAAGAAACAGAUGAGGUUUUUGAUGCUUUAAUGCUGAAGUCUCCAACAGUGAAAAGCUUAAUUGAAGCUAUAUCUGACAAAUACUCUCUAUCUGUUGAGAAAAUAACUAAAAUCUACAAGAAAAGUAAAAAAGGAAUUCUGGUCAACAUGGAUGACAAUAUCAUUGAGCAGUACUCCAACGAGGAUGCCUUUAUUCUAAACAUGGAUGCUCAGAUGGAAUGCUUCCACAUCACACUCACAGAAAUAUAAGGACUGCAUUUUGAGAAUUUGAUCAUCCCAUAUUCAUGGUCAAUAUGGGACCCUGCGUACUUGUCCCAUUUUCACAACAUCCCAGACUGGCGUAUUGGGUACGGUGUUGGGGUGUAAUACAUCGGAUUUUUUUUCUGGUUGAGAAUAAUGUAUGAUGCGAUGAUCACUGCAAUUAUACAAUACAGUGCAAGAGGUCAUGACAAAUAGUGCUUUAAAUACAUUCUUGGCUUUCUCUUGUUUUCAAGCUCCCUCUACUGGCCAAUAGAAAAACAAUGUAAAUUACGAAUGCAGCUAUGUUGUAGCAUUUGUACUGUAGUAUAUUGCCCCUACAAGGUCUAAAUAGCACUAAGUCUUCUCCACACAAAAUGAAUCAUACUGGAAAGGUCCUGCAUAGUCAUACUUUCUGUUCUUUUCUGUAAAAUAUGAACUCAAAGGAUGCUGAAUUUGAAUCCUGGCCAACCUACAGUCCCUAAUUCUGCUUUGCAGUAUAUAGAGGGAGGCAUGUAUAGCUUGUGUGUUUAUUGCAUGUAUAUAUUUAAUUUUUUUAAGAAUAUAGUUUCAGACUGUGUAUAUACUUUUUUAUGAAUUUAAUAA